CGCACUUUUUCUUCUUGUUAGGGAGAGAAAUAAUGGUCUUGGGAAAGCUUCAUGGCUCUUUGAUCAAGAGAACAACAAGCAUGAGAAUGAUCACAGACGAUAAAGCCACGACCUAUGAUAUUGCAUCUCAGCCGUCUGAUCAUCUAACCAUUCAUAAUCCGACGGUGAUGAUAUCUACUAAGAACGAUUAUGACUUCUUGAGGACUUGUAGCCUCUGCAAUCAAAAUCUCUGCCAUCGUCGUGACAUUUAUAUGUAUAGAGGGAACAACGCAUUUUGUAGCUUAGAGUGCAGGGAGAAGCAAAUUAAACUGGACGAGAGAAAACUGAAAAACGGCGUAGCAUCCAAGAAACCCAUUCGUAUUUGAUUGAUUAUGUAUGAUCUAAAAAUAAAUAAAUAAUUAUAAUUUUUCCUUACGCGUGAAAUCAUCAUGUUUGCCUUUUGUAUAUAAGAAUAAUUAUAAAAAUAAAAUUUACCAAAAACUAGAAAACG